CUGCUCGAGAGAAGAACAUCAAGUUUGAGCACAGAACUGGUUGUUGUUACAGAGAAUGAAGGAGUAGCAUUAGGCUGGCGAUUCACUAAAGAUUUGAUGAGUGUUGAUUGUCUGUUAUAAAGGCUGAAUUAUUCAUUCUGCUACAAGUCCGCUUGUCUCUGAUCCUGAUAUAUAUUGAACGGAUGCAAAAGAUAGCUUCGAUUGAAUAUGAAUGUACCAGAGCAUCUAGUACUGCUUACGAGCGACGAGGACGACGAUGUAUUGACGCCAUUCACGACUAACAAGCGCGUCAUGGACGACUCACAGACACUCCGCAAUGACAACAAACGACAAAAAACAUCUCUGAGCCAGUCUGAAGCGUCACAGAAUCGCAUUACAGCUGGCGGUGAGGAAGUUCUUGAGACGCAGCUUAUUGCGGAUAGUGACGCUAGUGCUGGGGGGUCUGGCUACCCUACACAGAUCGGGCAUGAUGCGAAUGACGAGUAUGAGCGGAUAGAGAGAGCAUUAUUGCCUACGCAGCCUAUCGUUGAAAGUCAGCAAAGGAGCAUGUCUGGGCGAGUUAUGAGGCAGGAGUCACAGGCUUUAGCGUCUACGCAAGCCAUCUUCGACCCAGAGUCUGAGGAAGAUAGUCAGCGGUACAGAGAGGUAAGGGAUAGCCAGCGGUACAGAGACAUAGAGGAUACGCAGCCUGUGGCAGAAGAUGAGGAGGUGCAGGUAUAUCAGACUCCGCCGCGCGCGAGAGAGAGAGAAGGGGAUGUGGGUGUGCAUGAGCGACUUGCGUCGAAUAACUACGUGCCAGAGUCACCUCUCGCCACUGCUGCUGCUGCUGAGAUUCCGUCGUCAAUGCCGGAAGGGGGUGAUGGUCAGGUUUGUGAUGAUAACGACGAAGGCAACGAGGGUGAUGACGAGCAGUCUGCUGAUGAGGAUAUGAGUCCAGGUGUGCCAGGUGCAGAAGAUAGGUACAAUCCUGGCGCAGAGAUGUCAUUACAAGUGCUGCAGGAUGAGGACGAGACGGAGCUUGCCGCAGACGGGUACGACGAUCUCUUUCCAGCCGGUACGGUUUCUCGGCUAGGCGAAGGCGAUGGCGACAGCGGGAUGGUACCGAGACGAGGAGACGAGGGUCCUGCAGAAAGUUUACCGGAGCUAGCCUUGGAGUUAUUAGCGGCCGCUGAUGUCGAAGCACCUCACGAUACUCCUGCUGAGAUUAUGGACGGCGAAGAGUCUGACAAGAGCGAGAGAGCGCCUGUUGUGCAGAAAAAGACAGCCUCGAGGAAGCGUACGGCUGCGGUGGUCUCUACGGCUGGAGAUAAUCGGCGGACGAUGUCGAUUGAUUUCUUGCUUACCAGCAGACGGUCGCCGCUGGUUGAUCUGCCGAGUUUAUCUUGCCUGAUAAACGAGACAACAUUCAUGAGUCUGCCGCUUGAGUCGCAGAGAAAGCUAGUAAGUCUGCUGCCGGCGGUAGACAAGACGCGCGAUGAGAGUGGCGAGGAGGGCAUAAGAGUAGGGUUUUUCGAGAGUAAUAUGGUGCUGCAGGACGCUAUGCGGUAUUUACAGGAUGAUUUGAGGGAGGGGAGGUAUAUGAAGGGGUACAGUAAUGAGGUUAAGAAGGCGAGGAGGGUUAUCGAUGAGGGAGGGAUUGAGAAGUACAAGGAGGAUAAGUUUGAGCAGUGGUGGGGGAAGCGGGCGAGAGAGUGACUUCCUUCAAUAGAGUGGCUUCAACAGAAGUCAGAUUCAAGAGAAAUCAUCAAAACCACGCGGCAGCCAAAAGCCGGGGCGGAACUUUGUGGGGAGAAAAAGUAAACAAAGAAAAGGAUUAAGUGGGGCAGGGUGCGGGGUAUUUGCGUGUUUAUGUUUACACGUCCCGAUUG